GUCUCAAAUCUAAAUCACAGUCGUAAGAAUAGUUGAUGAAACGUUGCUGUAGAGAAAGUUCUCCCCACUAGAGAAGAGGGAUGUGGUCUCUGUAAAGGCUCUCUGUCCCAGUGAAUGAUCCCAAGCCCUGCCCAUUCCGAGGUUCAGAUCACAUGAGUCAGAGUCGGAUGUCCUGCCUGGAGUGUAGAACCAAGUCAGCUUCAACUUUACAACAGUGAGAAGGCAAUGAUUUACAAUGCGCGCUGUCACUCCUGUUUCAUGGCAAAAUCGGUAAACUCUCGAAAGUUAAUCUGUGCAGUUAUUUGAGUUUCGCUCAAGAUACGUUUUUAGCUGUUCUCUUUGUGUUUCUUUUUGGAAAAGUUACAGAUACAGUUGGGUAGAUAUGCACGUUGUUAUAUUAGCUAGUGUGUCUUUCCGAAACAGCAGAAAGAAGAGUACACUUUUCGGAGAUUACAAUAGUUAGCACGUAUAUUAGCACGCCAUAUUGUUGGGAGAAAAUACAUUCACAAUAAAUUAACAACCUCAUCGAAUUUACUUUUGGAAGAAUUUACUUUUGGAAGUUGGAUGAUUUGAGGUUUCAAGUUUCGUUCUGAAGAAAACUUUGCAUUGAUUUUGGCUCUUUGAAUCUUUUCUAUACAUUUUUUUCUCGAGCAAAUACGUUUUGUAUUGUUUUUGGAAUAACCAUGGAUCCCAGCCAGCACAACCCUCCAGCCGGUCACCAGAUAGUCCAUGUCCGGGGAGACUCGGAGACUGAUCUGGAGGCCCUUUUCAACGCUGUUAUGAACCCGAAAAACACAAUCGUCCCUGCCUCCGUCCCCAUGAGGAUGAGAAAGCUACCCGAUUCCUUCUUCAAACCGCCUGAGCCAAAGUCCCACUCCAGACAAGCUAGCACAGAUGCAGUUACGGCUGGUGCCCUCGCCCCCCACCAUGUGCGUGCCCACUCAUCUCCGGCCUCUCUACAGCUAGGGGCAGUGUCACCCCUGUUGGGCAUGGUCCCAGCGGGCGCGCCUCCAUCAAACCUCCGACAGUCGUCCUAUGAGAUCCCAGAUGACAUGCCCCUGCCCCCAGGUUGGGAGGUGGCUCAGACCCCCUCUGGACAGAGAUACUUCCUCAACCACCUGGACCAGUCGACCACCUGGCUGGACCCUCGUAAGGCCCUCCUACAGAUGAACCAGGCCCCUCCCACCAGCCCUGUACCAGUCCAGCAGCAGAACAUCAUGAGCCCAGCUAGUGGUCCUCUCCCUGACGGCUGGGAACAGGCCGGCACCUCUGAGGGAGAGAUCUACUACAUCAACCACAAGAACAAAACCACCUCCUGGCUCGACCCACGCCUGGAGCCGUGCUACAGCCUGAACCAGCAGCGUAUCACCCAGAGUGCUCCUGGUAAGCAGGGGAGCCAGCUGCCUUCCAGCCCCCAAAGUGGAGGAGUCAUGGGGGGCAGCAACCAGAUAAAGCUCCAGCAGCUGCAGAUGGAGAAGGAGAGGUUGAGACUGAAACACCAGGAGCUGCUCCGCACCAGACCACAGGAGCUUGCUCUGAGGAACCAACUGCCCACCAGUAUGGAGCAGGAUGGGGGAACCCUUAACCCCGUGUCGUCCCCUGGGAUGGGCCAGGACGCCCGAAUCAUGACCACCAACAGCAAUGACCCAUUCCUCAACAGUGGGACCUACCACUCCAGGGAUGAGAGCACAGACAGUGGUCUGAGUAUGAGCAGCUACAGUGUCCCCCGUACCCCCGACGACUUCCUCAACAGUGUGGACAGUGUCCCCCGUACCCCCGACGACUUCCUCAACAGUUUGGACAGUGUCCCCCGAACCCCUGAUGACUUUCUCAACGGUGUGGACGAGAUGGACACAGGGGACUCCCUGCCGGUCUCCAUGGGAACACAGGCCAGUCGUUUCCCUGACUACUUGGACGUCAUCCCGGGGACAGAUGUAGACCUUGGCACGCUGGAGAACAAGAGCAUGGCCGUGGAGGGGGAAGAGCUAAUGCCUAGUCUCCAGGAAGCCUUGAGCUCCGACAUCCUAAACGACAUGGAGUCAGUUCUGGCAGCCACCAAGAUGGACAAGGAGAACUUCCUCACAUGGUUAUAGACCAAGCCGGACCUGGGCCUGCUCACUGAUAAGCUAUAGUAUACAACAUCGGUUUACAAACUUUUUUUUGCUACUUGACCCACCAAUUGAGGUGGGUGUUUAGUCAUGACCCACCAAUUGAGGUGGGUGUUCAGUCAUGACCCACCAAUUGAGAUGGGUGUUUAGUCAUGACCCACCAAUUGAGGUGGGUGUUUAGUCAUGACCCACCACACGAUUUGAGCAGUGGAACAACAUGCUCUGACCCGCAGGUAUAUAGGAGAGAGGAGAGGAGCCUGGGAUUAGCUACAAUGGGCUCUAUAGGAGAGACACUGCUCUUCACUCCUAUAGUCCACACGUUUACCUGCUGCCUAGUCAAACUCUCAGACCAGUGAACGAUGUGUAGUUGCCUUGAUUAAAAUAUUUUCCUCCUUCCUGGAUAUGAAUGAUAUCUGUCAUCGGGCAGCAUACAUGUUAACAUGGCCGACUGAGGCACUGCUAUUCUGUUGUUUCUAUAUCUUUCUUUUUGUUGUCUGUGUCUUCAAGGCUGGCCUGUGAACACACAAUUUAUUCAAAGGUCCCUGAAUCUUUUCACACGGCUGGCAUUCUCAAUCUGUCCAUCAUCUUUACCUGGUUGUUUCUCUACCACACCUUUACAUCUAGGGUGUCUUACCUGCUGGCCGGCCGGCAAGGCAAGGGGCCUGCUGCUCUCCUUAUCCCCCAACCCCCACAUCUGAUCUGGGUGGCUGCCUGCCUGUACUCCUCUCACCUCGGCCCCAGGCUUCCUGACAAUAGCAUUCAAGCAUUGUAUUAUCCUGCCUUUUUUUCUUUUAAUUCAUGUAUUUUACAUUGUUGUUUUAAAUAGUUUUUGUUUUUAAUGAUGAGCCGGAGAAAACCCAAAAUGAUAUAUCUGAAGUUGUGUCAAGAACUGUAUUGAUUUGGAAGGUUAGUUUAGGUACGUUAGGUUAGGGCUUCGCCCCAAAUGGCACAUAUUCCUGACAUAGUACACUACUAUGGCCCCUGGUAGUAGUGCACUAGAUAAGGUAUAGGGUGCUAUUUGGGACAUAACCUGGUUUACACAAGCUGGAGUCCCAGUUAGGACAUGUUAGCUCUGUGUGGUGGUGAUGGGGCUAUUGCCUGGAGCCUGGGCCGGGGACCUCGCAUACUAUACUCAGUGGUGGAAAAAGUACCCAAUUGUUAUACUUGAAUAAAAAGUAAAGAUACCUUAAUAGAAAAUGUCUCAAGUAAAAGUGCAAGUCACCCAGUAAAAUACUACCUGAGUAAAAGUCUAAAAGUGUUUGUUUUUAAAUUAACUUUAGUAUCAAAAGUAAAAGUAUAAAUCACUUAAAAUUCCUUACAUUAAACAAACCAGACCUCACCAUUUUCUUGUUUUUUAAUUUACAGAUAGCCAGGGGUACACGCCAACAUAAUUUACAAAAGAUGCAUGCAUGUGUGUUUACUGAGUCCGCCAAAUCAGAGGCAGUAGGAAUGACCAGGGAUGUUCUCUUGAUAAGUUUGUGAAUUAGACUAUUUUCCUGCCCUGCUAAGAAUUCAAAAUGUAAGGAGUGCUUUUGGGUGUCAGGGAAAAUGUAUGGAUUCAAAAUUACAUUAUUUUAUUUAGGAAUGUAGUGAAGUACAAUUAUAAGUUGUCAAAAAAGUAAAUAAUAAAGUACAGAUACCCCAAAAAACGACUUAAGUAGUACUUUAAAGUAUUUUUACUUAAGUACUAUACACCACUGGCUAUACUAUACAAUAUGAUACAUACGUACUGCUGCUUGGCUGUGCCAGCAUGUUUAUACGUUUUUGUCAAAUCAAAGUGCCUUCAGUUGUAUUUUUUGAGAGAAGAAGAGCAAGAAAAUCUACACCAAGUAAUAAUACUAAAUAAUGUGUCUAAGAAGUUGUAUUAUUGCCAAACAAACAUCAAAAAUACUCUCCUCUACUUACGUUAAUGUCCAAUAAUCAACAGUAUGUUUCUGUUUUUCUAAAAACGUGUUAUUAUUAUGGGACUUCAGUAACACUUUACUUGACACCCUUGACACGAUCAAAACCAUGUCAUAAUAUGUCUUAACAGCUACCAUAACCAUACCAUAACCUGUCAUAACACUAUCAUGACCCAUAUAUUUACACCUGUUGUGACAUAUUGUGUUAUUUCAUGGCUGGUUAUGAACCCUAUAUGCUGUAAGUUUGUUGUUGUUGUUGUUGUUGUUGUAAUGAAUUGUUAACAGUCAUCAUAUUUUAAAUAACUUGUAGAAAAUACUCUUUAUAACACUGUCAAGAAGCUUUAUGACAUCAUAAUCAGAUAGGCUUUUCACGUACAUCCCCUUAUUUCAGUCAUUAGUCAAAAAGAUGGUGUCUUGUCCUGCUCCUGUCCUCCUGUGUCUUGUCCUGCUCCUGUCCUCCUGUGUCUUGUCUUGUCCUGCUCCUGUCCUCCUGUGUCUUGUCUUGUCCUGCUCCUGUCCUCCUGUGUCUUGU